CACACUGCGGCGAGGAGUCUGUGAGUCGCCCUCUGCCAUGGACUGGGCUCCAUCCCUGCUUCUCUUCUGCGCUCUCUCCGUCUCCCUCACGUGGGCUGCUACCACCGAACCCAAGGACCAAAGCAAGGGAGCGAAAGGGAAGAGGAAAGGACCGGCUAGGGCCAAGGUUCAGCUGCCGGAGGCCCAGGCACCCAGCCCCGACCCCAUGCUGAAGAGGAACUCCAUGGCCUCAGCGGCGGACAGCCCCUACACCCUGCUGGAGGAUUACGAACAGAGCAUCCAGGAGAUGGUGAGCCAGCUGCGGAACAGCUCAGAGCCUGCCGACAGCAAGUGUCAGGUCAACCUGAGGCUCUGGAGGUCCAAUAAGAGGAGUCUGUCUCCAUGGGCCUACAGUAUAAACCACGAUGCAACGCGGAUCCCAGCAGACAUCCCAGAGGCGCAGUGCCUCUGCACUGGCUGCAUCAACCCCUUCACCAUGCAGGAGGAUCGCACCAUUGUCAGCAUCCCUAUCUACAGCAAGCUGCCCGUCCGCCGGCUCCUGUGCCACCCCCCUGAGGGCUCGGGAGCCAAGACCCGCAGGAAGAAGAAGAGGUGCCACAAGGAAUACAAGAUGGUCAUGGAGACCAUUGCCGUGGGCUGCACCUGCAUCUUCUGAGGACAAGAGGGUCCUCUCACCCUCACUCCAUGCUGGCAGCACCAAACCCCCGGCCUCUGUGUAUGGACAGCAGCUCCCGUCUAACCAGCCUCCUUCUCUUGCUGGAUCCAUUUGGCAAGGGCCCAAGCCAGUGCCCACCAAGCCUCUCCCACAAGGAGGGGUAGUCAAGGCACAAGCAGUGUGUGUGUGUGGUGGUGGUGGUGGUGAAUCUGAAGCAAGGAGGCAGCUGCUUAGACUAGAGAUGGUUUGCCCCUUUGCACCCACAUAUCCCUAUCUGGCUCCAGCAUGAGCAACUGCUGCAAGGCCCUGCUCUUCGGGGUGCCCCGUGUGCCGUGCCAGCUCUACAGUUUGCAGCAGGGGCCCUGGAAGGAAAGCCAUUCUGCAACCCCCUAGCCCCAAGCUUGCUCCUCAAGCAGAAGAAGGAGGGGAAGGGGGGGAGAGAAGAUGGAGAUGUCUGCCAUGCAGGUCUCCACUUCUGCAAGGCUUGGGAGCUGUGAAUGGCAACUGCCACUCCCACUCCCCAUGCCCCUCAAGACAGCACUUCAGCCCCAUUGGCUGCCGCCUGUCACCUACUCCCCUUGCUCAGCAGUCGCUCGGUUCUGGGCUCACGUCCGCACACUUGCACUGCUGCACAGCCAUUCGGGCUAAUUGUCCCACCGAGUCCAAGGGGCCGCCCCUUCUCACAGCCAGGCAGCAUGACCAGAAGGGAGGCAACACCUCAUGGGCACCUCAGGCAGAGGCCGGGAAAGGAAGCCACUCCGGGCCUGAUUUCCCCCUAUAGCUCCCAGCAGUGCCGGCACAGGAGAUCCACUCUGUGGCCAGGCUAGCCUGCACCCGCCCCAGGUCUGCAGGGAGGGUUGUAGUUGAUGGUGAAUUCAAUGCGCCCUGACCCCAGCUCCCUGCAGCUGAUUCCACGACUCUCUGACCUGUCAGGUAUUGGUGAACGCACAAGCCAGGGCUGCUGUGGGCCACUGCCAGCAGCUGAUCAUUGGGGAGGGGGCACGUCUGCUGAACCUAAGCCCCCAGCAGCAGAUGCUGCCUGUGAAAUUCCAGACUCCCUGGCCCCUGCCACCCAUUGGGCUGCACCCAGCUGAGGAAUGUGCUUUAUCUCAGUGCCACCGGGACGGGGCCUGGCCCCACUAGAACACCCGAUAGCAGCGUCCGGGUUGGAGCAGGAAGCCUGGCUGGGUGCCAAGGGCCUAAGGGCUUCUGAUGCCUUCCAAGGGCAGUGCGUGCUACCGAGUGGGAAGCCCACCAUAGAAAUCACCCCUUGGGGAGGGGCAGCGCCCCCUGGAGAAGGCUGCCAUGUCCAGCUAUGCAUGGAGCAUAGUAGCCCCCCAGGAGCAGGGAAGGCGAGGGUGGGGUCAGAAGACAGCUGGGAGUGGAAGGGUGGGGCACAGCGUUGGUCUCUCACCCCAGGCAAGCCUGGUUCAGGUAUGGAGCCAGGUAGCACAGGGAAGGGGCUGGUUCCUGGCUGGUCUUCAGGCACUACACCAGGACUGCCCCUCGGCACCGUGGGAGUGUCAAUCCCUCCUCCCCUGGCUGAUCAGAGCCCAUCUCCCCUUUGCCAGCCUCUCUAACGCCCUCUGCUGCAUCCAUCAACAGAACAAUGGCAUUGACCCUGCUACUGCCCCCUCACAGAGCAGAGGGUCUCCUGCAGCUACCCCUGCUGCUCAUGGAGAGGAUACUGAAAAACAGACGAAAUCUGGCUGGGCCUGGUUCAA